AUGGCGCACAUCUACGAGUAUAAGCCGCCGCAUAAACUGACAGCACUACACAUCCGACGAGGUCUACAUCCAAUGAACGUUCACCAGGACGUGGUCAACCGAAUCACAAUCCCGCCGACAGAGGACAGGGACGCAAGCUUUCAAUACUCCGCUGAGAAGCUAACUACAAGCGCCAUUACCCAGAUAUACCACUACAUGAUUGAGGGUGGGCUAGACUACGGACUUUUAACGACGGGUGAGACGAUUGUUUUUCUAAAGAUUGAUUGGGAAGACCCUGAAACGCUCUUCUACCAUGUGGCGGAACCGAAAGCCGAAGCGUUGGCCCACCCUGAACAUUCUGACCUAUGCACAGCUGUAGCCCAGUACCUGGCCUUCACCCUCAUAGCCCUGAAUUCGUUAGAGGGUCAGCACGGACAGGAAGAGCGUCAGAACGCUAUGGGGAUAUUGGACACUUAA